AUGGCAGAACUUGCUGCGACUAUCCUUGGAAUCGCCGGAGUGGCUUCCGUGCUUCAGAACCUCCUUCAAUGUUACAAGGACUUCACCAGGGCGCGCAACUUCCCCAAGGACCUAACAACUUUAAUGCUCCAGGCUACGUUGCUUGACAACUCGACAAGAAGUUGGGCAGAAGCCGUGGGCCUAAUGGACCGCUCCGGGGCGCCUUCAAACAAGUUUCUCAUCGAGCGCCCCACGGAGAAGAAUGCGAAGCUCGCAGCUCAAACGUUGACUCACAUCCAAAAGCUCAUGGACGAUGCAAACGAAACUCUGAAUGACUAUCACUUUAGCGACGAACCUCUAGCAUUUGAAAAAGUUGGAAGCAGUUUGGCAAAAGAGGAGGAGAAUGAGAGCAGGCACCGGAAGCUGUUUCAAAAGCUGUCUAGAAGAGCAACUCGCACGAGCACAUAUGAGAGCUCCAAUAUGGUCCGCAGACGUGUAUCGUGGUCAAUGAUUGAUAAGGAAGGCCUUGAAAAGACACUGGCCGAGGUUACAAUGUUGCUCGAUCGUCUCAAUACCGAUUUCAAGCCGAAGGACCCCGAAACUCAGAUGACGGUCUACCAAUCAUCACUCGAGAACCUUGGUGUUGAAAAGGAAGAAAUGCAAAUCAUCGCUAGUAUUGCAGUCGACAAAGUAUCACGGGCAGUUACAGCAUUUUCCAUGAAGGGAUAUGCGACUCGUGCGACAGGUAGUACAUUCGAACGAAUCGUACUCAAUAACCAGGCCGCGUUACACCAAGGUCAUUUCGUGGCACCAGACUAUGCCAUUAGCGGAGAGGAACAUUUGCUUUUGUCGAAUAAUUUGUUUGGGGUCAUUGAAGCAAGGGAUCAGACUCUGAUUUGUAUUGGAAACCAGUAUGGCGGGAAGAGUCCAGUGGAAAUGAUUCAUGAGAGAAUGGUGGCUGCUAUGGGUACAUCAUCUGCCAUGAAUGCCGCCUGGUCUCAAUUUAAGAGCUCUCAUGAGGCAGGAUUGAAGAUCGGAAUGCUGGAGAUCGAAAGUCAGAAAUCUUAAUUGUGGAGGGGAUUUAGGCGAAUACUGUAUGUUAGAUCGUACUCGAGA